AGAGCAAAAAGGGGAUGAAGCAAGCCUCUUUUCCCUCCUUAUAUUGUGCACAGCCUGCCCCCUCUGAGCUGGGUGGUCCUUUGCACCCACACCAUCUCUGUGCCCUCCUCUUGCACAGGCUCAGGAUGAAUACAAACUAAGGACCCUGGCUCCCUGCUGAGUCACAUAGUUGAACUUCUAAACUUCUCGAGUUGACACAGUUAACAACAUCCCAGAGCUGCAAGGGCGUGUCCUUUUUGCCCGGGGGAUAUAGAAUGCUGAGUUACUUAAGCUUCUAGACUCAAGUUGACACAGUGUAUCAACCAUAACAGGGACAUAGCUCAGUGGCACAGCACCUUUCUUGGCAAGUUCAAGGUCCUGAGUUCGGUUCCUGGUACCAAAAAAAGAUUUUUUUUUUCUCACCAAUACUCAGGGAUUGAAAAUGACAACAGGCUUGAUGUAUGUUUCUGAAGGAGAGUCAGGAGAAUUGGAUGAGUGCUGAUAGCUGCCGUGUCCUGUGGCACUUGCCAGGUCACUGAGCCCUACACUGAAUGACGCACUCGUCUUGAUCGUGGAGGGGCACGUUGAGGCUGUGGUGUUACUGUCUGCUCAAGUCAGAGCAGUGUGGGAAGACAAGGGCCGCAGGUCCCAGCAGUGAAACGAUGCUAGGCCUGGAGGAGCGCUGCUGUGGACACCAAGCGGAGGAAGAGUCUACUGAAGAGGACGGCCAUGGACUUGAUCACCUCUACAACCGUCCUGCCCUUGCUGCUCGGCUGCCUGGGCAUCUUCGGCCUCUUCCGGCUGCUGCAGCGGGUCCGCAUGAAGGCCUACCUGAGGAACGCUGUGGUGGUGGUCACAGGUGCCACCUCAGGCCUGGGGAGAGAAUGUGCCAAAGCCUUCUAUGCUGCCGGUGCUAAGCUGGUGUUGUGUGGCCGGAAUACGGAUGCCCUCGAGGAACUCGCCCGAGAGCUCACGGCCUCUCGUUUCCCACAGAAACAGAUGCACAAGCCCUGUACAGUGACCUUCGACCUCACAGACUCUGCAGCCACCAUGGCUGCAGGAGCAGAGAUCCUGCAGUGCUUUGGCUCUGUGGACAUCCUCGUCAAUAAUGCUGGCAUCAGCUACCGUGGGGCCAUCGUGGACACCACAGUAGACGUGGACAGGAAGGUUAUGGAGACAAACUACUUUGGUCCUGUAGCUUUAACAAAAGUGCUCCUGCCAUCCAUGAUCAAGAGGAAGCGAGGACACAUUGUCACCAUUAGCAGCAUCCAGGGAAAAAUUAGUGUUCCUUUCCGCUCAGCCUACGCAGCCUCCAAGCACGCAACACAGGCGUUCUUUGACUGCCUGCGUGCGGAAGUAAAGCAGGAUGGAAUCGAAGUGACUCUCAUCAGCCCUGGCUACAUCCGCACCAACCUCUCUGUAAAUGCCGUCACAGGUGAUGGGUCCAGAUAUGGAGCUAUGGACAGGAACACAGCCCAGGGCCGGAGUCCUGCGGAUGUGGCCCAGGAUGUUCUUGCUGCCGUAGGGAAGAAGAAGAAAGACGUGGUCCUGGCCGACUGGGUGCCUUUCUUGGCCAUUUAUCUUCGCAGCCUGGCUCCUGGGCUCUUCUUCAGCAUCAUGGCCUUCAGAGCCAGCAAGGAGCGGAAAUCCAAGAACUCUUAAUGCAGAUCAGAGCUGGAGCUGAGAAGCAACACUUUCUUGGGCGUGGUUGCUCUACAGGGGACAGCUGCAUCUGUUGAGACUUGAGUGGAGGUUUGUCUCAGGUGGAUACACUGGGGAAACACUUCCCUGGCUUGGCCCCUGCCCCGAGAGCGGGAACUAAACCAGGCCACGAGCUUCUUCCCAAGGUGAAGGGUAAACACUUAAAUAAAUAUGGGGCAGGGUUUAACACUAAAAAUACAAUUAAAUGACUGGAACAGUAACUCA